AGUGUCUGGUAUGAGUGUUUAGAUCAGUAUGUCUGAAGGAAUAGUCUACGCUGAUGUGAAGUUCAAGAAGCGCCAAAGGACUGAAGGAAAAGAUGGUGCAACAGCAUCCACAGCGAAUGAUGCCACGUACUCUGAAAUCUCAAUUCCCAAAGCCGGACGCAACCAGCCAUCUACCGACACUAAUGCUGGUGACCCUGAUUCUCAGGAGGGGUCAAAGGUCAAACCAGGUGGAUAUGACCCUGUCAAAGUGGUCCUGGUGACUCUCUGUGUUCUUCUGAUGGGUGCUGUCAUUGGACUUGUGUUCCUGUAUAUCAGCAACCUGCCAACCAAAAACACAGAGCUCCAAAUUCUGCAAGCGGAUUACAAUCAAAAUCUUACAUCAGCUUUAAUGAUCAAAAACAGAGAGCUUCAAGAACUGCAAGACAAGAUCAAAGAUCUUCAGGAGAAGGAACGUGCAGUUCGGCAAGAAAAUGAAGAAUUGAAAAAGCAGAAAAAUCCACCCUCUUGCCCUACAAACACAGGGAAUAAAGACUGUCCUAAACCUAGAAACUGUGCUGAAAACUGGGAGUAUUAUGGGGGGAAGUGCUAUUACUUCUCCCCUGAUAAACUGACCUGGGUUCAGAGUCGGGAUGAGUGUAUCACCAGGGGGGGACACCUUGUCAUCAUAGGGAGCCGAGAGGAGCAGAAAUUCUUAGAUCAGCAAAUUGGUACAAAAAUGCUUUAUGCUGAAGACAAGUUCUGGAUUGGGCUGACGGACAGUACAAACGAGAAUGAGUGGUUAUGGGUGGACAAUUCCUCUCUCAAUUCAAGCACAAGCUUCUGGCUCAGUACCACGGAGCCUGAUAACUGGAAAGGAGAUGGAGGAAAAUAUUCCGAGGGUGAAGACUGUGCUAGAAUGGGGGAACCGGGUGGUACUGAAGACGGCAAGAGUUGGUUGGAUUUCAACUGUAAUAAGACUCAAAGAAGAAUAUGUGAGACAAAAUCGCCCUUGUGAAACAGUAUCUUAAAGAAACUCAACAGUUCCUUAAAUAUGUCUCUGAACAACACCAAAGUAUUUUUUGCUGGCAUUGAUAAAAAGGAGGAGAAACUGUAUUGUGACUGUCACGUUCCUGACCUAUUUCUGUUAGUUUGUUAUAUGUGUUAGUUGGUCAGGACGUGAGUUUGGGUGGGCAUUCUAUGUUUUCUGUUUUUGUGUUGGUUUAUUGGGUUGCCUGGUAUGGCUCUUAAUUAGAGGCAGGUGUUUGGCGUUCCUCUAAUUAAGAGUCAUAUUUAGGUAGGCGUUUUCACAGUGUUCAUUGUGGGUGAUUGUCUUCCGUGUCUGUGUCUGUCACAUGGGACUGUUUACGGUUUGUUCGGUUUGUGUAGUCUAUGUUUCCUAUUCGUGCGUUCUUCUUGUUUUAUGUAAGUUCGUCGUUUAGGUCUGUCUACACCGUUUGUUGUUUUUGUUAGUUUAGUCAAGUUCGUGUUUUCGUUAAUAAAAUAUGUCAUUUCACUACGCUGCGCCUUGGUUCCCUCAAUACUCCUCCUCUUCAGAUGAAGAGGAGGAGGACUGCCGUUACAGUGACUGGUUUACAGGAGAUUACUGCUGAUAUUUACAUCUUUCUUUGUACAUACAUGUUUUAUGCUUUUCAUGCUGUGGUGUGAAACAAACCAAAUCCCCAACUGAGUCUAAUGAAAAACAUGUCAGAUACAUUCAGUUCACGCCUCUUCACUUCUCAGCAAGCUACAGGUGUUGGAUCUUAAUUUGCAGAGUAUUGUUGUUGCAAUAAGAUUUGAACUUUAGUCCUUCAAUCAAGUCAAAUGUUGCUUGAUUGGUGGUUAAGCUGUUACCUGGCCAAAUUUAGGCUACAUGAAAAGUGCAAUAUUGUUAAUUAAGUUUGUGGGUUUUCAAUUAAUUUAUGUAAAUCAUGAAACAUAUCUGCAUUUUGCGGUGCAGGAAAAUUCUCAGCAACAAAAGAGUGAUAAAAUAAAAUCCUACACCUGUACAUCAUCCUCAGUGUGUUUUGUACAUGUAUAUUUCUGCUUAUCAGUGCUGUCUCUAGGCUAGUCAUUUGAGAAAAAAAUAUUGUGU